AUGCUCGGCGCGACCUUUCGCAUUGAUGAAGUGAGAUUUGAUGAUGAGAAAGAAGUGUGGGUGAUAAAGCUGACAAUGUGCAGUGAGAAUGAGAAUGAGCUGAGAGAUGAGUUUAAUUAUUAUCGACAAGACAUGGGAGAACACAUUGAUCCCGUGUCAUUGAGGAAUCUGAUGUGGAGAAUAGGUGAUUAUGACAUGAAAGCUAUUGUGUUUUACAAGAGAUAUUUAGAAGAAGAUCCAGACAGCAGUGCCAGCUGUACUGGACUUGUAAAUGUAGCUGGAGAGAGAGGAGAGAUCGAUGUGGCACUUGAAUAUUUUUCGAAAGCACUUGAAAUUGAUCUCAAAACACUCUCUCCUUACCAUCCAUACAUUGCCAUAGACCACAUAACUCUCGGUAUCAACACAAAGGUUUGUACGAUAAAGCACUUGAAUAUUAUGAGAAGGCACUGAAGAUUAACUUUGAAGCAUAUGGAGAAGAACAUGCUGACGUUGCCCUUGUUUAUAACAACAUGGGUACUGCAUAUGACGAUAAACAAGAGCAUGAGAUGGCUUUGCAGUAUUAUGAGAAAUGUCUUUCUAUACUGGUCGAAGUCAGUUAUGAGGUGUCAUCAAGAGUGCCCACUGAGAAGACGAUGAAGUUGGUCCUGUUAACAGGAUGGCAUGAUGGAGGCAAUAUAAUGACAUGAUCAAUGAAUCGCACAUCGAGAAAAGGUGUUACCCAAAUAUUAUCCUGACACAGCAUCAAUUUACAACAGUAUCGGUAUCACAUAUGGAAAUCUGAACGAGUAUCAGUCAGCUUUGGCAUCGCUAGAAAAAGCGCAUGCUAUAUGCAGAGUGUUCAUGUAUUGUGUCAUUGUUCUGUGAUAACUUGUAAAAGAAAACUGUGUGACCAGACCAGGAUUCGAACCCAGGACCUUGACAUACCGUGUCUAUGAUGUAACGACUGGGCUGCUUGGGCGAUAUCUCUAUCCAUCACAUUCCUCCACGCGGCAAUAUUUAAAUAUUUAUUGAAUAUUUAUUAAAAAUUGUUUGCAUAAGCUGAGAAAGAUCUGAGUUUAUUGUGCAUGAAGAAAAUGAGGGAUAUACAUUGACGACAUAGUCGUUUAUAUGACGUCAAUGGUAGAGCUGUGUACAGUCGUUCGAAAUCUGUCGGGUACCUAUGUAUUCAUGUUAAAUAUCGUGGAUUCAUCAUCAUCGUAGUGACUGAUGAUCACAAGGAGUGCGAGAUCAAGUCCAAUCAAUGUGGUGGAGACCACGAGGCAACAAAUUUUAAAUGUCCGUUUGGAGCUGAGAGAUGUCUCAUUUUAAUCAGAAAUUUGUGCGCUACAAUCAUACCUCGUUAAGCAAGGUUUUGGCUAGCCUUUAGAUUUUCUGAAAAACUGGUUUUCCAGAACACCGGAUCUUCCAGGGGCUAUGGGGAACCCCAUGGUCAUAUUCGGAAUCAGCACAGUUGAUUACUGUACUCGAGCUACUUAUGGUUAUUUUAUUCAUAAAGGUAGGAUUAUAUGUAGCCGGUAGAAAAGGUAGUUAUUUUACGGAUAAUGCCUCCUAUCUCGGUAAUGGGAAAGACCUGAGCAGAGAUAUUUUUUGAAGUGAUGUCUAAGUUUUACAUUUUCUGCUCAGUGAAAGCUUUUCUUGAGAUGUGUUCUGAAGCAAAGUUGUGUAGCUUGAAACCAGCUUUCAGAAUAUCCACUUGGUUUUCGAUUAGAAUCGCUAGAUGAUAUAACAAUUUGAAAAAACAGUCCGUUAGGAAAUCACCUUCGUUACGAAAUUACAGCUUUUUUUGGUUCUUUCAAAUCAGAAGGUUAAACUCCAUUACAAAAGUCGUCAUAGAAAAAUAUUUCCGAUAGCAGUAGAUAGUAUUUAAUCUGAUCUUUGCACUGUAGAAAAACGUUUUGAAACCGUUUUCACUUGGAGAAAAACCCGUCUCGAAAUCUAGUCUUUCGAAAAACCAACUUUCUUGGAAAGAACCUAAACUCAAAAAUAAAUACACCAUCUUGUACAGGAUUUAAUUCUCUACAAAAUGCCAUAUCUCUUAAUUUUUUUCGCAAAAAUAUCUGGGUCAGGACAUUAAAAGUAAAAUUUGGAUUUUAUUUUUUGAGGUCAAAAUUUAAUUUUUUGGAAAUUUUAAGUUGAUAUUCAAAAUCAGCCUCAAAAACUGCGUUAGACGAUGUGCUUCAUAAAUUCUUAAAGUUAAAAAAAUAGUUUCGAACCAUCCGAAGCGAAGGUGACCGUUACACAGUGGGCAUCCAGGCGGACAUUAGGCGAAAAACUAAAGUCGCUCUUUUUCCAAAUAUGACUAGUGC